AUGGAGCUCAAUGCAACCGUGCAAGAAGAGCCUGCCCAGUUGAAGAUGAAAGUUGGCGUCAAAAAGGAGCAUCAAGAUGACGAGGACGGUUCAAGGAUGCCUAUGAAAAAAGCCCUUUUCUUAGGCAGGACAGUGGGUCUCGCCGUACGGAAUGCAGCCCCAACCCGUUCGCACUGA